AUGUAUCUCCCGAGGCAGCUGAUCUCGCAUCUCUACCUCCAGCUCCUCCGAUCCCACCACCCGCUCUCCCCGCCAGUCCUCAUUCUCGUGGCCCUCGAGCCGGACGCGCUAUGCGCCUGCCGGAUCCUCACAGCGCUCUUGAAACGUGACUAUAUUCCACACAAGAUCCAGCCAGUGGCGGGAUAUGGCGACCUAGCGCGCGCGGGCGAGGACCUGGUCCAGCCCAUGCAGACCACCAACGGCGGCAGCGGUGGAGUCGUGAUUUGUCUGGGAGUAGGUGGGCUGGUUGAUCUGGGUGAGAGCUUGGGUCUGCUGAGUCCGGAGGAUGAGUCGGAGGAUAUGGGCGGCGUGGAAAUCUGGGUGUUUGACGCGCGACGGCCGUGGAAUCUGGGGAAUGUGUUUGGCGGUCAAUCUGUUGCGGGUCAGCCCAUGGCGGAUAUUGAUGCCAAUGCGCGUCGGAGAGGGCGCGGGGUUGACAAUGGGCGGAUUACUGCCGCGUACUCGUCCAAGAACGGGGGUAUUGUUGUUUAUGAUGAUGGUGACAUUGAGGAGAUGAGUCGUGAACGAGAGGCAUACCACGCGUUAUUGGAGAUGCCUGAGGUGGAUGAGGACGAUGAUGACGCGAGUGGCGGGGAUACGGACGACGAAGACACGGAGCCUGGGUCUAAGAAACGCAAGUCUUGGUCCGGGCGUGAGGAUGAGGACGAGUCAGAGGAGGACGAUGAUGGGCCUCCUCGGCAGCGGAGACGCAGCAAUUCGAAUGACUCGAUUGUCGACUCAUCUCCCAGUCGUCGCAGGAGACCCGGUCACAAUUCCUCAAAUUCAUCACGCUCGGUGACGCCUACAACCGAUUCACCGUCGCCGGCAGAACCAAAGCAGCCUUCCGCACGGACAUUGAAGCAGCGGCUCAUUCGUCUUAAACGCAAACAUGACACCGUUUUGCAAAGCUACUACUCGUCCGGUACCUCAUACUCGGAACCAAUCUCCUCACUAGUCUACUCUCUGGCAUCAGAACUCGGCCGUGAGGACAAUGACCUACUCUGGCUCGCCAUUGUCGGCGUGUCAAGUUUGGAGCUGAGUGGUCGUACUAUGACUGGCGUGGGCAUCUCGAACAGCUCAGAAUCAGGAGGCUCAGCAGGCUGGGGUGGGCAACGGGGUGAACAUAUCCGUCAGAUCUUUCGAGACGAAGUCCACCGGCUCAACCCGCCUGACCCCUUUGAACGAGAUCGAGAUAUCAGAGGAGAGAUCAACGGUGUGAUCCCGACGACGGCUCGAUCUCCCACCGAUACAUCCAUCCGCCUGUCGCCCGAACCACGCUUCCUGCUAGUUCGGCAUUGGUCACUUUAUGAAAGCAUGCUGCACAGUCCCUAUCUCGCCCCCAGGCUUCAUGUGUGGACGGAAAAUGGCCGCAAACGACUGCAUAAGCUUUUGGCCAAAAUGGGCAUCAGUCUCACACAGUGCCACCAGUACUAUACACACAUGGACAUGGAGUUGAAGCGCGCUUUGCGCGGCCGUCUCCUGAAGUAUGCACCCAUGUACGGCCUGGAUGGUCUCGUGCCGUCAGAACCGUCCGGAUACGCCAGUUCUCGGGAAGGCUGGGGAUUUGUGAGAUGCUGGGGCUGGAAGGCAUGUCUCUCUGCUACGGAUGUGGGGGUCAUCAUCGGUGCAAUGCUCGAAGUCGGACCGCAAGAGGCCUCCGCGGCAUGGGAUGCCAAACGUCUGCCGCGUGCACGAGGCACGAACGAUGAUAUUGAGAAUGGCGGCGGUUCCUCCGAAUCGGACUUGGCCAGCCUUCUCCCCCGGUUUUGGAGUGCCUAUGAUGCGCUCUCGCUCACAUCCGAGUCGCCGACGCUUCUCUUGGAGUCGUUGCCUCUUGCUCAACACCUGCACCGUGCCAUCCUCCGCACGGGUACUUCCUUGCUCUCCAAACAUCAAAUCCGGCAUCUUCGCGCAUUCCGCAUUGCGGUUGUCAAAGAUGGACCCGACGUCAAGCUCUUCACGAAUCCCGGCGCCCUUACGAAACUGGCGCUAUGGGUCGCAGAAGCCAUCCGAGUCCAAGAGCGCGAACGAGGCGACUCUGUGAAGAUCGGCCGUAAAAAAGCUGCAGGGACUCCUCUUGUUCUUGCUGGCCUUGACGAAGACCGAGAUCUGUAUGUGGUCGUGGGGACCGGGGGUGGCGGCGGAGUGGUCGACUUUGCGGCGUUGUCCAAACGACAGGAAGAGCGCCGCAAGAAGAAGGAAGCAAAGGAGAAGAAGCAGAAGGAGCGAGCAGAGCGACGCGCCCAACGGGCUGCUGAACGCGAGAAUGAAGAUGAUGAAGACGAAGAAUCGGACGAAUCAGAGUCAUCCUCAGGAUCGGAGUCUGACGAGGAGGAUGCUACGAAGGAUAGCAAGCACUUGCUCCGCAAUCGAUUCGGCAUUGCCUUCCAAGAGGUGGUCCAAGAAACGAAUGCGCGGGUGCGCAUCGACAGCUUCGAACACUGCGUCGUCGAGGUGCAAAAGGACGAUCUUGGCGGGUUCCUUGAAGCGUUGAGCUUCCGCAGCGUGGUGGGCUGA